AGAUACAGCGGGAAGAAAAUUUAUUUACAAAUGGCUUCUUGAAUUAUUUCUUCUUAAAUUCUUUGACUAUAUCACUAUAUUUACAAUGCAGGACAAAGAGGAUAAUUUUGAUAAAAAUACCAAAAAAUUGACGGAAGAUAUUCAGAAUAUGGAGAAUUACAAAAGUCUCUAUAAAGAAUUACAGAAAUUGGUCGCAUCGAAAUCUGUCCAAAAGGAAGAUUUCCGAAAUUCUCUACUUGAUGCAAUAAAGGCAAAUGGACUCGAAUCGGAAAUACGAAAUACGGUUUUUCAUUGGGCUCGCUCGAAGGGGCCACUGCAGCCAAAAAUAGAGACACCAAUUGGCGAUGCUGAUUUGAGUUAUUUGAAGAAAACGCAAAUUCAAUGGGAACGGAGAAUUCAAAAAUCUUUAAAUUCCAUGUGCAAUGAACUUAAUGUCCCAUUGGCCCGGAUUCGUCCCAAUUCCGAAAGGGAACAGUUGUUGGAAAAGUGGAACGAACUUAGUACCUACGACAUCGAUUUAUCGCAAUAUAGACCUCUGUAUGCUCCGAAGGACUUUUUAGAAGUUUUAUAUUCAAUACGUGAUCCGGCAUUCAAAAAGCAACUAAAUGAGCCGAAUUGGGAAUUCAGUCACAUACAAAUUAGAGUGAAAACUUUGGAGGAAUUGAGAGCCAUAUACACGGAUAUUGCCGAUGGAGCACCAUUAUUGGGUGUUAAUCCGAACAUGCCAGCAAUUGGAAAUUAUGCAACUUACGAAGACGAAAGAACUGAAUUGGGAGAAAAAAUUCUCAAGUCAAAUCACUCGCCACUUGCUCAGGAAUUUUUAAAACGCGGAUGUCCAAUUGCAUUGAGAAGUCGAAUUUGGUCGUUAAUUUUGGGAACAAUCCUCAAGGAGAAUGAUAUUGAAUACUACAGCGAAUUAAAAGGAUUGGUUGCUCAGUAUGAUAUAAUGGUGGAUAAAUUAAUCAUUAAGGACGUUCAAUUAACGGCUAGAAAUGAUGAUCAAUAUUUCGUAUUUGAAGACAUUUUAUAUCAAACAAUGCUUUGUUUUUCGAGGGAUUCGGAAGUUUUGGCACCUGUCACAACGGAUCGAAGCGCAGGUGGUCAAGUUAUUCACGCCGUUUUGCAAGGGAAACCGACGACUUUGGAAAAUACUUUAGUUUUCCCACCUAGUGGAGUUAUUCCGUUUCAUGGUUUCACAAUGUAUGGAAGUCCAUUUUGCUACUUGUAUGAUGAUCCUUGCGCAAUGUAUUACACAUUUCGUGCAUUUUAUUUGCGUUAUUGGUUUCGCCUUCACACUGUAUCGAGUCACGGACAGGGAAUCGUUGCUCUUUGUCUUCUCUUCGAGAGACUUCUGCAGUGUCACGAGCCUCAACUUUGGGCGCAUUUCAAAAAUAUUCACAUUCAUCCAGUCAAAAUUGUAUUCAAAUGGUUGAUGAGAGGAUUCAGUGGUUACCUACCACCGGAGCAAUUACUAUACUUGUGGGAUUUGAUUCUGGGCUAUGAUUCCUUGGAAAUUAUUCCACUCUUCGCCGUGACGAUUCUAAGUUUCCGGAAGGAAAACAUAAUGCAAGUUAACACAUUAAGCAAUGUUGAGGCAAUUUUGGCAGAUCUUUCAUCUCUAAAAGUGAUGCCCUUAGUACAAUUAGUUCUUCUAAAGGAAUAAUCCACCAAAAAAAAGUAAAAUGGAUUCUUCGUAACUACAAACUACAAUUUUUAUAAUUUUAGGAAAAAUAUACAUGUAAACAAUAAUGUAAAGACUGGCAUUAAUCUUCCUGAUAAAUAUUUACAUACCCUAAAUUUUAUCGGUAGUUUACCAGCAAAGCAGAAAAUGUCGAUCAAAACGAAAUUCUCUUCUAUACGUUUACCAAACGAAGGUUUUUUGAAAUGAAAUUACAUUUUGUGG